AUGGAUAACACCAAGAACGACAACAACUCGCUUUUGCGGAAAUUUUGUCUCGAAAGCAGCAUUUUGGGUCUUAAAUAUUUUUAUAUAUAUCCUGACACUAUAUCACGAUGUUUUUGGGCGGUGGCGCUGGUUUUGGUACUAUUGAGCGCGUGCCUACUUACUUGGAUGUUACACAGCCGUUUCCUGGAGAUGCCCACUCGCAUUACUAUUGAGAAUCAAUAUGAGGUUAUGAAAAAUCUUUCCUUCCCUGCUGUGACGAUAUGCUCGCCCAAUCAAGUAACUAUCAGCGCUAUGACACAUUUUAACCGAACUCUUGUAAACGAAAAGAACUACAAUUUCAAACCUUUCAAGACAUCUAAUAUCGGCGUAGUCGCGUCAUUGACAGUAGUCGCCGAUUACAAUCCUGAUGAUGCUCUCCACGGGACCAUUCUCACCGCUGGAGCUAUUCGGGUCAUGUUCACGGAUUGGACUGAAUUUCCAGCAGAUGACCAAACAAGUCUUGUCCAACCAUACACAGAGUCUUUUCAUAUCAUCCAUCCUACUUACACUUAUUGUUCAGAAGAAGUUACUACCAUGCCUUCUUGGAGUCGUAAGUGUUACUUCGAAGACGAAUAUUCGCAGCCGCACUUUGGGUACUACCACAACUCCGACUGCGAUUUACUCUGUGAAGUGCACGAGCUGGAACGUCUCUGCCAAUGCACUAUGGUAUAUAUACCGUAUGUGAAAAUGAGUCACGCCUGUAAUGUUUCAAGCAUUAAUUGUAUUGUGGAUGCGAAAAUGCAAAUGAACAAAUGGUACAGAACAGAGCAAUGCGACUGCCCACGCGACUGCGUCUCGUUCCAAUAUCAAGUCGAAAUGAGUGCCGGCAACCUUGACGCGUUACCAUACAUGAUACACAAUCCAUAUAAAAACAUCGAGCUUAACAAGACCACCUCCAUCAUGCACUUUUUUAUACCGAGCUCCGUAUACACGAAGAGAAAGCAAGAGACUAUCAUGUCCCUCAUAAGCUUAUCAUCAAAUUUGGGUGGAGUGUUCGGACUAUGCCUGGGGUGCAGCGUGAUCAGCGUUGUGGAAAUAUUCUUCUUUCUAUACUUAACAAUCAAGCAUAAAAUACGAGAGAAUAUUAAUAAAAUUUGGAAUAACAGAGUUAAUUAUAUGCGU